AUGAAAAAUACAGGGUUUGGUUUUUUACCAAAUAAAGUAGUCAUGAUGAGAAAACCUACUGAAAUAUAUCCUAAUAUUUCAGAUAAUGAUAAAUUAAAUAAUGGAAAUAGAAAUAAAUAUUCGUAUAAAAUGGUACCACAUGGUUAUGAAAGGCCAAUAAGUUCAUUUCCGAUAUUUGAAGAAAACAAUAUGAUUUACAAUCCUAACAUAGUUAAUUUAAAACCGAUGAUUCCCCCACAUAGUAAUCACAAUUUUCGUCAUCCUUUAGUAUAUGAACAAAAAAAAAAUAAUUGUUUAAAUUCUUGUUCAUGCAUGAAGAAAAGUAAUUCAAGCGUUUGUAGUAAAACAAAUGAAGGAAAUAAUAAAAACAAUGAACAAAAAAACAUAAAUGAUUUUAUUCCUAUAUUAUUUAAUAACAAAAAAAUAUUAGUAUCAAAUGUUUUUGAUAAUGCUCAUAAUAAAAAUUCUGUCCCUAAUUUAGAAGCUAGCAAUCCAAAUUAUAAUUUUAAACAUAAUGUAUUUCCACAUUCUGGAGGAUGUGCUUCUAUCGAUCAUAAAAACCGAAGUAAAAGUAACAAUGGAAGUAUACCUCAUGAUAAUAAAAAUAAUAAUAAUGAUAAAACUCGUGAACCUUCUAAAAGUCCUAAAAUCAACGAUUUAAUUAAUCAAAAAGAUUUAGAAAUUAAAGAUCUUGAAAUCAAAAUUGAAAAAGAAAAAUUAGAACAUGAAAUAAAAGACACAGUAUUAGAUAACAAUAAAUUAAAAGAAAAAUUGUUAGAUCAAAAAAUAAAAUAUGAAGAAACUUUAAAACAUUUGAAAAAAGUAGAAAAUGAAAAAAGAACAUUAAAAUCAAAUUUACAUGUUAGGGAUAAAGUUUUAGAAAAAUUAGAAAAAGAAAUAGGGUCAGUUGAUAAUGAAAAUGAGCUGUUACUUAAGAUAAAAGAAAAUUCAAAUUUAAGUGAUAUACAUAAAGUUUUUAAAUUGCUUCAUGAUAAAGAAAAUGCUGAAAUAAAUAAAUACGAUCAUAAAAAAAAUCAUACUAUUAAAAGUAUUAGCUACGCUGAUGAUACAACUAAGGAUAUUAUCAAUGAUAUGGAAAAUAAUCGAAAUACCAAAAAAAAUGAGAGUACUAAAGGAGAUAAACAGAUGGAAGAAUUUCGAUGGUAUAAAACAAUUAGCACAUAUGAUGGCGCGGAUACUGAAAACUAUGAUGUAGAUAUGAAUGAUAAAAAAGAAGAUAUAGACGAAAAAAAUAACCUCAUGAAAAAUGAUACGAACUUUCUAAAAGCAACAAUUAUAAAAAUGGACAAAGAAAUACAUAAAUUGAAAGAAGAAAAUAAAAAUGUAAAUUUUAAAUAUCAAAACACAUUUGAAGCUUUAACAGAGCUAAGAAAAGAUACAUUAGAAUAUAUGGAAUCAAUUGUUUCUCGUGAUAUGAGAAUAGGAUAUAUGGAAAGUAUGCUUCAAAAAUGUGAAAAAGACUUGGCAAAAUUAAAGGAUAAUUUUAAAAAAGAAGAAAUAAAUAAUAGAGAAAAAAUUGCAAAAUUAAGAUCCGAAAUUAAAAUAUUAGAAAACCAAUCUUCACAUCUUCGACAUAUGAUUCAAGAAAAGGAUUCAGAAAUUGUUUUAUUAAAAAAUGAAAUUGUUCGUAAUGAUAUAUUACUCAAACAAUAUGAAGAACGAAAUAAAGAACUUCAAAGUGAAUUAAGAUUAAUGUGUAAUAAUUUAGAAAAUGUUAUUGAUGCUUCAAAUAAAAAAGAUAUAUUUAUGGAUCAAUUAGAAAGACAAAUAAGAGAAAAUGAAAUACAUCGACAAAAUGCUUAUUUAAAAGAAGUUGCAAAAAAUCGAAAAAUGCAUGCUAAUAUGAAAUUUAAAGAAAUUCUAUUUGACAAAUCUACAAAAACACAAGUAGAUGAAUAUAGAACUUUAAAAAAAGAAUUAUAUCUAAAUAAAAUACAGAUAGAAAAAGCAAAAGAAGCCUUUGGAAUGCUCAAAAUAUCUUCAAACCGCGAAUCUAUGCCAAGAAAGAAGAAAGGUAUAAAGAAGAAAAGUAUUCGAAGCUUUUCCGAAAAUAGUUCAGGAAAAUACACAGAAAACAGCUCUGGGAAAUAUACGGAAGAUAGCACUGAAAACAUCAUAGAAAAAUGUCAUGAAAACGGGGAAGAGAAUAAUCCUUCUGAUUACAAAAUAGAUACCACAAAAAAAAAUAAUAAUAAUGAUAAAUUGGGAUUGAAGAUACCAACAGAUUUUGUACCAGACACCAAACAAUCUAAUUCAGUAACUAAAAAAAAUGCAAAAAAAUGA